AUGGAAAUGUGGCAGGCCGCAAUUAUAGCCCUUUCUGCUCUGUUCUUUACUGUUUUAGUUUUAGUUUUAAUUUGUCUCCAGAGAUUUACUUAUCAGGGAGGGAAUGGAGGCGGAGGUGAAGGCGCGGGAGAUGUAGCCAUAGACAUAAACGAUAAUGGCGGUUGUGAUGCUGGAGAAGACUUUGGCGGAGGAGGCUUUGAUGGGGCUGGAGGUGGCUUUGGUGGAGGAGGCUUCGAUGGGGCUGGAGGUGGCUUUGGUGGAGGAGGCUUCGAUGGGGCUGGAGGUGGCUUUGGUGGAGGAGGCUUCGAUGGGGCUGGAGGUGGCUUUGGUGGAGGAGGUUUCGAUGGGGCUGGAGGCGGUUUUGGUGGUGGUGGCGGCGGUGGUUGUGAUAGUGCUGCUGGCGGCGGCGGUGGUUUUUAA